ACGUAGCAUUGUUUCUAUCCAUCAGUUUCUUCCUUCUUCUUCACCAUCAUGUGAUUCCAUCAACACAGCUCAAUCUCCUCAUGAUCAAUUCUCUCUUCUCUCACAUUCGUUAGAAGAAGAACGAUCCAUUUUAACCUGCUGUAUUCAAAAUGUUGACUAGAGCCCUGGGACGAGUUCGAAUCUCUGGAUCGACGAUUCAACGAUCGAAGAAUCAUUUCACUGGAGUUUUCGAUAAUUCGAAAUUGGAUACGACGAUUGGUGCUUCCCGUGGAAGAAGACGGUUGUCGAGCGAGAGCGGGAAACGAUUUGCGGCGAUGUGGGGGAGUGGAGAUUACGGAAGGUUAGGGCUAGGGAGCUUGGAGUCUCGGUGGAGACCCGCCGUUUGCUCUGCGUUGAGUGAUCACAGUAUUAGAGCUCUCGCUUGCGGCGGAGCUCACACUCUUUUCCUCACCGAAACAAGGAGAGUCUUUGCGACAGGUCUUAAUGAUUGUGGCCAACUUGGUGUCUCACAUGUUAACACUCAUGCUUUGGAGCCGCUUGAAGUUUCUGGAAUUGAAAAUGAUAUACUGCACAUCUCAGCUGGUUAUUACCACUCUGCUGCUAUCACAGUGGAUGGGGAACUCUACAUGUGGGGAAAGAAUACUAGUGGACAGCUUGGACUUGGAAAAAAUGCUGCAAGAGUGGUACAUGUACCAACCAAAGUGCAGGCUCUGAAUGGGAUCACCAUCAAAUCAGUGGCUUUAGGAUCAGAGCAUUCAGUUGCUGUUACUGAUGGAGGUGAAGUCCUGAGUUGGGGUGGAGGAGGAUCUGGAAGACUUGGCCACGGUCACGAGUCCAGUUUUUUUGGCAUCUUAAAAAGUAAAAGUGAGUUUACUCCAAGGCUUAUCAAGGAACUUGAGGGGAUUAAGGUUAAAAGCGUUGCUGCUGGUCUGCUGCAUACAGUAUGUACUGAUGAGAAUGGCUCUGCUUUCAUGUUCGGAGAGAGAUCUAUAAAUAAGAUGGGAUUUGGAGGAGUAAGGAAUGCUACAACACCAUCUAUUAUCAGUGAAGUGCCAUACGCAGAAGAAGUUGCAUGUGGUGGUUACCACACAUGUGUUGUCACAAGAGGUGGGGAACUAUACACUUGGGGUUCAAACGAAAAUGGGUGCCUUGGCACAGAGUCAACAUAUGUCUCACACUCCCCUGUGAGAGUCGAAGGUCCUUUCUUGGAAUCAACUGUAACUCAUGUAUCUUGUGGGUGGAAGCACACUGCAGCCAUUUCAGAUAACAAAGUCUUUACCUGGGGCUGGGGAGGUUCUCACGGCACUUUCUCUGAUGACGGACACUCCUCCGGUGGACAACUGGGACAUGGUAGCGAUGUAGACUAUGCGAUACCAGCAAUGGUGAACCUGGGAAAGAAUGUAAGAGCAGUGCAUAUAUCUUGUGGCUUUAAUCAUACAGGAGCAGUUCUCGAACAUUUUUGAAGACUCCAUGGAAUACAUUUCAUAUACAUAUACAUAUGUUUUUGUUUCUUUAUGCUUUCUUAAUGUUUUGUACAUCAUAAUCAAAAGAAACUAAUGGAUCUCUAUUUGUAAGAAUAAUAUACUACAUAUAUAAAUUCUUCAACU